AUUAAUUAAGGUGAACAAGACAUAGGGCUAUAUAAUGGAGACCUACUGGCUUUAAUUCAUAUCAUAUCAACGGACCAUUUCUGACAUUUGGAGGUAGGAAGUGACUUUUGAAGGUAGAACAAUCAAACGAAAACGAUGAAUCAAAAAGUGCUUAUAAUACUAGUACUUGUCUUGAUCUCGGCUUAUGAAGUGUAUUCCGGGCGAGAAGGAGGAAAUGAAAGGAGAGGUGGUGGUGGUGGUAGUAGUAGCGGCAGUGGUGAAACGGGACAUGGACACAGAGGAGAGGGAAAAGAAAGGGAAGGAGGAAGAGGACACGGCGGAGGCCAUGGAAGCGGCGGAAUAUCUGGACACCGUAAACCAUCCACGACGCCUGCGAAUGACGGCAAGACACCAGAAAAUGAAAGCACAACCCAGGCUUCAAUUACGGCUGAAAAUGAAAGCACGACCAAGGCUUCGCUUACGGCCGAGAAUGACAGUACGACCCAGGCUCCUUGAUCGUUGACAAUUAUUGCACGACCCAGCCUUAAUUGACAGAGCUAUGAGGUGACAUGAAUAUAAAAGAAUCAAUCUAUUUAUAUAAGAUAGAUCAGCUGGUUAAUUGGUUAAUUAAUGGAUAUUACUACUAAUUCUCGCCCCUUUGAUAUGGUUCCUAGGUCCCACAAAACGACAGCGUGAACGUAUGUAUGCUCACGUGGGUUUGUGGGACAGGCGUGUACUGUUCUGAUUAUUUAGAUAUUAAGUUUGAUUGACUGAUUUGAUUUAUUGAUUUAUCGAUCGAUUGAUUGAACUUUAAAAAAUAGUUUUCUUACUUCUAAUUAUGGAGGAAUACAGAAACAGUCACGUGAUACGUGAUACUCUGCAUAAACUUUUGAGACUGUUAUGAGCUUGUAGUACGAAAAUAAAGUAGGCCGUAUUUAAAGGUUAACAUGUAUAGGACUCAAGCCAUAGACUUGCUCACAUUUUAAUCGAAUAUUAAAAGAAUUCGUAGAUUGGUGUUAACUAUAUACAGUUCCAAGGUUAUUUGGAUUAUGCCACCCGCAGACUAUUCUAAGCAGAUUUUUUUUUUUAAACAUCAAUGUUUUCAAAAUAACGGGAAAACGACCACAUUUGGGAAAACGAGUUCAAUAGUCCUAAUACGUAUGCACAUACAGUACAUAACAUGGUCAAUUUAUCACGUCUAUUAAGAAGUUGUAUCUUCUGGGUUCGAAGUCUUCAAGAAUUGUUUCCAAACAUGUCUCCCUCCAAUUAAAGUUCACUUUUGGGACCGGGUUUCCUUGGUCUUUAGCAACUUUAAUAUUUAAUUAGAAUAAUAAAGAUGAGACCAUUAAAACUUUUAAGAAAAUAAAGUUUAAAAGGUAGAAAUGUGACGCAUUUAUUGUCUUUACUUUGUCUCUGUAAAAAAAAUAUAUAUUAAAAAUCUGUUAAUGUGUACGUGCUCCUGUAGCCAGCAAGUAUCGAAUAUUGAUGGAAUAUUGAAGAUUAAAUGUUGUAUUACUGUAACUGUUAGAACGUACGUGACGACUUUCUACAAAAGCAUGCAUGGUUCGUGUUAAAUAUCAUAGAUAAAAAAGUUGGUACUCAAGUUUACACCAAGGCUAUUGCAUGUUGUUUAAUAAAAACGGGUAGCCCUACAUUUACAUUGUACAAAGCUGAACUUAGAAAUAGCAAGAUGUCUAGAAUGCCAAAAAAUAAAUUAAAUCCUUCAUCAAUAUGUCACUUUGGAGAUCGCUAUCGUUAGGGCAUUAAGCCAAAUGAUAACUGCACUUCCGACAUUUACAAUAAGAACAUCCCGCUUGAUAUUGGAUAGGAGGGGCUAAAAAAUAGAGGUUUUCACUUGACAAAGCCUUUUCUGCACAAAAUGGUCGAACGAUGAGAAAGCCUAUUAGCUAAAACUUUGGUAAGGUCCGAGAUAUUAAAGAAUCAUAAGUUGCGAGUUCAAACCACAUGCCGACCAUUCCGCCAUAGUUCAUUGACUUAAUUUACAUAUACGCCCUCUUCGGCCAAUAAGUAACAAACUUUUAAUUCACUAUAGCAUUCAACCUAUAAUACUGCUAUUUGAUAAUAUUUCGGCAUGGAUGGAUAAGUGAACCUUGGCCAAAGCACUAUAAUAAUACACAAAUAAAAUAUUUUGCGACUGUCCCUUUAAGUUAGUUUGAAUAAAGAACUAACUUGAAUCAAACUUCGCAGUCAUGUUUACUAUACGCUGUAGUUUAAACAUUAUUUUGAUUAUGCCAACCUCGGACUAUUCUAACAAUAUGACUUAAAACAUUAAUGUUUUUAGAAUAACGGAAGUCAUGACAACAUUUGGGAAAACCCGUUAUGUUAUAGGUCUAUUAGGUAGGUGUGUUACUUUAGAUCGCACAUACAAAGCUAUCACAUCUAUUAGAAAAAUGUUGCGUCUUCUGAGUUCGAAGUCAUCAAGAACUGUUUUCAAAUACUACAAUCUUUUUCGUUCCUUUACUGCCAUAGGUUACACUUUAAAAACUGCUUCUGCAUCGUCGGUGGUUAUUAAACGUAACCUGAAAUAUUACCUUGUCUGCGACUUGGAGGCUACGUGCGUCUCACAUCCUCAACAAGAUUGGGAACCAGAAAUCAUUGAAAUUGGUGCCAUUUUGCUGGAUCAAAAUCUCAAAAAAAUCAGUGAAUUUCAAAAAUUUGUUUGUCCGGAUGUAAAUAAAAUAUUGACGCCAUUCUGCCUUGGGCUUACUAAAAUAAGACAGAGAGAUGUCGACCAAGCUGAUCCAUUUCCGAAUGUGUACGGAGAGAUGUUAAAAUGGAUGACAGAAAACGGGUUACAGUUUAAACCAACAGAACAGAACUUUACUUUCGUCACUGACGGUAUCUUUGAUUGCAACAAGUUCAUAAGAAAUCAAUGCAAUCUCUCCAUGAUUGAGUAUCCGAAGUGGGCAAUAGAAUUCAGCAACAUUAAAAAACACUUCAGAGAUAUCGUACCACAUAAACAGAGGAAGAAUUUGAGAUCAACUAAUCUAACUGGCAUGUUGAAAGUACUCAAGAUUCCAAUGGAUGGUCAAUUGCAUCGGGCUAUGGAUGACGCAAAAAUGGUGGUGAAGAUAAUGGAAGGUCUUCGAAAACGUCGUCCUAAUUAUAAAUUUACAGCCAACGAAACAAUACACAAGGACUAGAAUAUGUGAUUCUUCAACUAAUCUUACAAUAAAGCCGUAUUUGACUAAGAAAUUAUUCGACUAAAACUACAAUCAAGCCCUAUUGGAAUAUGAUGUUAUUCGACUAAACCUACAUUAAAGCCGUAUUGGGGUAUAAGAGUAUCAUGGACUAAACGUGCAAUGAAGCCGUGUUGGUGUAUGAGCUUCGUCGAAAAAAAAACUACAACAAAGCCGAUUUCUUCGACUAAAACUUUAAUAUAGCCGUAUUAAAGCAAGAGAUUCUUAGACUAAACUUAAAAUAAAGCCGUAUUGGAGCAUGAGAUACUUCUUCUAAAACUACAAUAAAAAUGUAUUGGAGUAUGAGAUACUUGGACUAAACAUGAAAUAAAGUCGUACUGGAGUAUGCGACUCUUUAUCUAAAACUAAAAUAAAGCCGUACUGGAAUAUGAGAUUCUUCGAUUAGAACUAUGACAAAGCCAAUUUAAGUAUGAAAUUCUUCGACUAAACUUACAAUGAAUCCUUAAAGGAAUAUUAGAUUAUUUGACAAAACCUACAAUAAAGCCCUCUUUGAGUAUAAGAUUCUUUGACUAAAACUACAAUAUAGCCGUGUUUGAGUAUGAGAUUCUUAGACUAAACCUGAAAUAAAUCCGUACUGAAAUAUGUAAUCUUCGACUGCCUAAAAAAAACCGCUACAAUAAACUCGUACUUGAGUUUGAGAUUCUUCUACCAAACAUGAAUCAAAGCUGUAUUUAAGUGUAUGUAGAUUCUUUGACUAAACAUAAAAUAAAAUCGUUUUUGAGUAUAUGAGAUUCUUCGACAAAUAUAAAAUGAAGCAGUGCUGGAGGAUGAUAUUCUUCAACUAAAACUGAAAUAUAGCCGUAAUUGAGUAUAAGAUUUUUCAACUAAACAUGAAAUAAAGCCGUAUUGGAGUUUUAGAUUCUUCGACUAAAACUACAUUAAAGCCGUAUAGGUAAUUUGAAGGGUAUGCAAUUCUUCGAUUAAAACGUGAAGCCGUAUUGGGGUAUAGGGUUCUUCGAUUAAAAUUAAAUUAAAGCCGCUUUAGAGAAUGCGAAUUAAAUAUGAAACUGACUGCAUGAUUUUUCUUUCUUGAAUCCGUAUUUACUCGUGAAAAAGAAAUGAGAUAUGGUAUGCUGAAUUUCAUUAGUCAAAAUUUUAUAAAAUAGGAAUUUUACAUUACUGCAUUAUUAUUAUUAUUAUUAUUAUUAUUAU